UCGAAAAGGACAGGGGCGGGUUUAUUCUGACAAAGGGACGGUAACGGAUGACGAAGAGCGCAACGCGCGGCUGUGUCCACGUACACCUGUAUUUACCUGCGCCGCUGGUGACGUGCAGGUUUCUAUCUGGGUGAGAGCAUACGUCUGGAAACCGAGAUUCGAGCAACCUUUUUGCGCCUUAAAGCUGAACGCUCGAAACGACCAACAUUUCGCCUCUGGUCUUCACGUAUUUCUGGAUAAUAUCUCUUACUUCAGGUACGCGUACGAUACUUUGGAAUAUUCUUUUGAAACAGCAACGUCGAAGCCUCUUUGCGGUGUCUUAGUCGGAAUUUGGUCGCGGCGGAGAAGGCGAACAACCUUCGAGAAUCCGCUUCAUUUAUAUCUAUCGUACGUGUCCCACGUGCUCGUUCCACGGAUUUCUCUGUCCAGGGGAAAAGAAAUAAAGGUUGACGAGCAUCCCCUUAUUCCUGGUCUGAGAUUCAAGAGGACCGAUUCAAGAGGGUA